UGGAUCUUUCCGCAUAGUCCGACCCGAACCGAAAUAGACCCGGUGGUAAUCUUUUCCGGGCCAGGAAUUCCUAAGCCCUGUAGCCAAACACUCACGCAGGGUUUUAGCUUCCUACGCGGCGGAACAUUACCCCAAAAACCCUAGCCAUUCCUGAAGCAAAGCAUCAGCUAUCCUUUCCGAUCACAAAAUGGCCUCCUCUGCUGCCGUUAGGUCAUUCUUCCGUUCUUACUCGUCUCGCUCCUCCGCUUUUCGUAUUGCGUCGGAAGCGAGAGCGACUCGUUCUCCAUUCCGCCUCCCCUCCCGAAAACCUCUAUCCCAUUCCACGGUCAGGUGUCCUGUUGAAUUGAGUUUCUGUGCGGAAUCCAUGCUGCCAUAUCAUACGGUAACUGCUUCUGCACUGAUGACUUCAAUGCUCUCCAUCUCUCGCCGCAGUUGUGGGUGGCUUCCUGAAGAUUGCAAUGAUGAUGUGUGAUAAGUGUUCAGAAGAUUCAAGCAAUCUAUUAUGUACAAAUCAGAGUUUUGAAACCGUCACCGCUGAAAAAUUAGGAGUUUUGACUGAGCCAUUGGAGGGGCAAGAUGAGUAAAUUGGACUAUGAUACUUGACGCUUACACCAGUUGUAUUUUUCUCUAUUUCUGAUGCAUAAAUGUUGCUACUUUUAUCCAUGCCGUCCAUGGCGCUCAGAGUUUAGAACUUGGGCAAAUAACUGAAUAAGAGGAAAAAUGUGUUGCAAAGUAUUGAAUAUUUAUUAAGUUUCUUUUUAACUUAUCCUGAAUUCUCGUUGAAUCAGGCAAAGAUUUUUAAUGAAUGUCAUAUUUGAGAAGUAUGUAGUGAAAAUGAAAUCUUUGAAUUGCAGAGGUGAGAAAUAUGGUGCCGGCCGAAGUAGGAAUAACAUUUACUAGUGAAAUGCCUAUUUGACAGUCAACCCUUGUUACUGAUACGAGAUUCAUGCCUGAAAUGCUUUCUUUUCAUCAAUUACUUCGAUUCAAUAAGUCGGCGAUGUAGACUUAUGGUUGAGGUUGAAGGCAUUUCUUCACGAGAUCUUUUUUGCUUGGUCGGCACUAUUUGUUAACUUCGUCAUUUGGUUAUUUAUGACAUGUUAUCUUCCUCUAUAAAGGGGUCAGCGAUGGGUUCUGCCUUCUAAGUCUAACCUGAUUUGCUUGAUUUCCUUUCUCAAAGUGGGAUGGUUCUGAGCUUUGUAUAUUUGAACUCUUUAACUUCAGGUUUUGCCUCUGCCUCACGCCUCUUUGAAAAUCUAAUCUAGUGUUUUGUUU